GCGGACCCUUCGCGGCGCAGCUGGCCGGGCUCUCUCCCCCGAGCGUCAGCGCCGCCCAUGGCCGAGCUCGAGCCAGACCCCGGGGCCGUGGAGACGCCGGGCUGGAAGGCCCCGGAGGCCGCGGGCCCCCAGCCCGGAAGUUAUGAGAUCCGACACUAUGGACCAGCCAAGUGGGUCAGCACUUCCGUUGAGUCUAUGGACUGGGAUUCAGCCGUCCAGACUGGCUUUACAAAACUGAACAGCUACCUUCAAGGCAAAAACGAGAAAGAGAUGAAAAUAAAGAUGACAGCUCCAGUGACAAGCUAUGUGGAGCCCGGUUCGAGUCCUUUUAGUGAGUCUACCAUUACCAUUUCCCUGUAUAUCCCCUCUGAACAGCAAUCUGAUCCGCCCAGGCCUUCAGAGUCAGAUGUCUUCAUUGAAGAUAGAGCUGAAAUGACUGUGUUUGUACGGUCUUUCGAUGGAUUCUCUAGUGCCCAAAAGAAUCAAGAACAACUUUUGACAUUAGCAAGCAUUUUGAGGGAAGAAGGAAAAGUUUUCGAUGAAAAGGUUUUCUACACUGCAGGCUACAGCAGUCCUUUUAAAUUGCUUGAUAGAAAUAACGAAGUGUGGUUGAUUCAGAAAAAUGAACCCUCCAAAGAAAAUGAAUGAGAAAAUGAAAGAAGUUCCAUUGCCAAGGGCAAAAUUUCUGUUUAAUAUAGACAUCAACACUACCUAUAGACAUCAGCAUUACCUAUAGGUAACAUGUAUGUCUAGGGCCUUCUAGAGAGUACUGCUAUGGGUUGAGCUUGUUUCCAGUGUGCCUUUUUAAUGCUUGAAGCUUUAUCUGGAUACACAGACAAUAGGGGACAGCAGUCUAUAAACAUGUAAAUUAGUCAUAACCAUGGUAGUCUUUAUUUCUGUGAGGAUCAAGGGAAGUCAUGUGACUUCUGUCUUCUUCAGUGCAUUGCAAUCAUGUUUCCUUAUUCUGCCUGGAUUUGUGUCAGUUGGAUAUUAUCACCUCCAGAUUUUA